GCCUGAAGUUAAAGUGCCGAUAGUUGCAGACCCUGUCUCCGCCUGAGUGACCUGUUCAUCAUUUCCCCGUGUUGAAUCCUUUCAUCCCCGCCCAUCAUGCGGUUCUUGUGCUUGUUCAUGGCAUGCCUGAGCCUAUCUUGGGUAGGCCACGCCCUGAGUCCCUCCUCUUUCUUCUCUACCACGGAUAAAUCUCGUUUACAAGGCGUGUUCGAAUCGGCUUUAAAAGCCGGAAUGGCCGAGAAAGAAGAUUUCCCUCUGGCCGUACUCGGAUUGACUCUCUUGGGUCAGACCGUGGCGGAUGCCAAGGGUGUGUGUCAGAAGAUGCAGACGGCUUUCACAGGCAACUCGCUCAAUCGGCUGUAUUUGAUCUCGCAAGCCGGACAAGACUUGAAAUGCGGCCUUAAAGCCGCAGCAGAUGUCAGUCAGACCUUGAAAAGUGCUUUGACCUCUUCGGAUUCGUCGGUGGCCAAUCUUUUCUAUGCUUCUCUCACCUUGAAAGCAUUGGGCGAAAAAUUGGACGCGGCCGCCCUUGUCAGUGCCCUCCAAGCCGGUUUGAAGAAGGAUGAUAGUGUGGCCAAUAUCGGUUUCGCCUUUCAAGUCGCCAGCGUCUUGGAGGGAAAAGCCGCCCAAGCGCUCUUCGAUCGUGUAGAAGAUGUUGUGGUCCAAGCAGAUGAGAUCGACGGCAAGAUGCUGCAAUUCGAAGGCGGUGUAUCCACCACCAACAUCAUUCUGAGUGGCAUCUACAAGAUGGCCGACAAGUUUGGAAAAGCCCCUGGUAUCUCAAAAAUGCAAGCCUCUAAAUUUGCCAAUUAUUUCUUGAGCCGGAAGAGCGUUCAGACCUGCAAAGGUGGCUACCAUCUCGUGGAUGCCCUGACCACCUUGAGCCGCAAUAAAUAUCAUAUCCCCGUGGCCAUCACCUUGGGUGAGCAAUCUACCGUGGUAUCCGAAACGAGUCCCAAGGUUCAAGUUCGGAUUUCGAAUGUAAUGGGACAGACCUUGGGUGCCAUGAGCGUGAAGGUUGAUUCGGCCAUGCGACAAACUGACGGCCACACCAUUCUGUCCAAGACGAAAAUGGCUGCCGUGUCCGGACAAGAAGGCGUGUUCGAGGUUGAUAUGAUGAGUGCCAAACCUGGACGUGGAUUCUAUGAAUUGACAGUCACUGCCACUCCCAAUAAGGCCGAUGCUCGUUUAGCCGGAAAUGAAGGUGCCGUCUUGCUUGUUAAGGCCUUGGGAUCCGUGGAAGUGACGCAAGCUGAGAUCGGAAUUGUUGACGCGGAUCAAGGCACUGCGGCCAAAUUGAACCCUGUGGCACACCCUAGCAAAUCGGCCAAGGUGCUGGAAGCUGAUCACCAUCACAAGGUGGUCUUCAAAUUCGCUUUGACUGACAAGGUCAGCAAGGAGAAGAUUCGAGCUCAUCAGGUGUUUGUCCGAUUGGCUCAUGUUCAGACCAAGGCCGAGAUCAUUUUUGUGGCCGAACCGGAUUCCAAGUCUGUUUACAAAUUUGAUCUAGACGUCAAGAGCAAGGCCAAAGAAUUUGGAGGCAAGAGCGGAAAGUACGAAAUCCAACUCAUCGUCGGAGAUGCUGUCAUCAGCAACCCCAUCUUAUGGAGCGUGGCCGAUAUCAAUUUGAAGUUCCAAGAAGUCGAUGGUGGUACCGAAGAAAGAUCUGCUCCAUUGACUGGCCCCAAGCCUGAAAUCACUCACUUGUUCAGACAACCCGAGGCCCGCCCACCAUCGGCCGUUUCCAAUUUGUUCACCAUUUUGUGCCUGCUACCGUUCUUGGUCAUGUUGGGACUCUGGAUGAAGUUGGGUGUGAAUAUCUCGGCCUUCCCCUUCUCGCUGUCCGCUUUGGGAUUCCAUUUGGGCCUUGGCUCAAUCUUCGGUUUGUACUACUACUUUUGGCUCCAAUUGAACAUGUUCACCACAGUGAAAUACCUGUUCAUGGUGGGGGUGGUCACCUUCUUGUGCGGUAAUGCCAUGCUGGUUAAGAUUGCCAAGGACCGAAAGCAUUAAUGAGUAACAGGUCACAUUCCAAUGAAUGAUACGAAGAGUGUGUGCUAUGGAGUACUGUUAUGAUGUGUCAAUGGGAACAAGCUUCAUUAUUUUCGUGCCGAGUUUGCAUCAUCCACAAAACAGACGACUCGGAGGGAGGGGGACUCACGGUCAAUUAACCAGGUUAUGCUUUUAUCCUGCACUAUGAAGUACGAGUGAAGCCGCUUACGGCGCAAACCAUCCCCAGAUAAAACCUUUUCACCUCGUGUCACUUGUUUCUAUUCUGUUCAUUCUUAUCCAGCACGACAUGAUGACUUACCUUGUUUUUGAGAGUGAUGUGUUGAUACCUCCUUUGUUUAAGCCAUUCUGCUAAAUGUCAUGAAAUAAAGUCACAAGAAUGGUCAAAUUCAAUUCUUUAGGAAAGCAAGAAUUUGGAGGUAGAUUGAAAUUCCUAUAUCUUAGUGCCAUUCAUUCAGGUGACCUACAAAGCCUAAAACAAAGUAAAUUGCCGCGUAUCAAAAAGAGAGCCGUUUAAAAGGCUUCUGUGAAGGAGAAUUGAGUUGGAGCCGCCAUUUUUGAUGUAAGUAGUAUUCCUUACUUAUUUAAAAUUACACAUUUUCCCCUUUUGGCAAACCGAUCACGAGUUAUGGAGCUUCAAAUUGGCGGCAGAUUUAAACGGCCCACAGCGUAAUGAAAUGGUUGGUGAAUCAAGUUGCUCAAAGAGUCUGCUUAGAAAAGCACUUUAAAUCCAUCUAGAAUUGAUGAACAGUCCUUUAAAUGAGCGUCUAUUCGAUGGGACUGGCCUCUUCCACCAAACACCUUGAGAAGCACUUUCAAGGAGAAUGGUCUGGGAUUGAGCUAAAUAUAUUUCAGUCCUUAGUUCCGUCUAUACCAGAUUGAAUGAAAAGGUUGUUGAAUUGACGGGUGAUUAUAUUGAAUGCUAAAUGAAAAAAAGCAGGGCUUUUUCUAAAACGUAACGUUAACGGUAAAGCGUAACUUUUUUCGGUAACGGUUCAAUCCCUGGAAAUAAGUUGCUCAUUCCGUUCAUCAGUUUUUCUGGUUUUAUCAAGGGGCAAGAACUUUAUGGUCACAGUGUAUAUAUAUAUUGUUUCUCAAUCUGUGAGCAUGAUUCGUACUUUUUUAGGACCUCAUUGCUGGAUGUCUAAUGCUGAAACAAGUGAAAACAUAUGUUAACUUAACCCUCCUUUGACCAUACUGAAAGAAAUUGAAUCCCACUUUUGUCUGACAUUGUGCUAAAUUUGGAUUUUUGAACGAGCUUGUCAGCAAGAACCAGCCCUUGAAUGGCAGGUAGUUGGCAGUAGUUUCUGAAACUGACGAAUCAGAGUCAAAGUUAAAGCGUUGCUCUACUAACAUAGCACACUUCACCCUUAUCCCUUAGGUUUAGGUGACAAAUAAUACCUGAUGUAGGAUAAUCAGUAGGAUGGAGAGCUUGCUUAUGAUAAAAGUGUGUGCACCCUUUUUCAAUGUUCUUUUUUUUUAUUUUUGCCCACUGCCGUUUUUUUCAUAAUUUUGCUUAUGGUUAUGUUUAAAUAAGAAAACCGAGCGAAAAAUAACUGCACUUUUGCAUUUUCAUUUUCGCCCUUCUUGGUUUUUUUUCUGAAUUUCAGGUGCAUUUUAGAUCUGCCAUUAAUUGUUUAAAGCCUUAUUUUUUAAGCAAAAUUUGAAAAUAUUUUUGGAAAUCAAUGGUUUCUGCUUGAGCUUUGAUCGGAACCAUUCACCGGUCUUUCGGCACUGAAAGCAAAUCAGAAUGUCCAAAUUUGUUGACGUGAACUCAACCACGUGAAUCCAUUGAGCAUCUUCACCUUCAACUUGUUCACCACCCGCGGAUUAAGUGUUCAAAAUUUUGAAAAGGGGAGUAGGGGCCAAAAGAAAAAGGAGUGCAAUACCCUUUUUUUGCAAAUCAUGUCCGAAAAACUAUGAAAUAUGUCGGUCAAGCCUCUGAGUUGUAAACCUUGCUUGAAUCGGGGCUUCUAUGACUUAAAAUGUGUUGGUAGAAAGGUGGGUGGAAAUGAUGCCAGUUGAUGACUUUGCUUCUGUCUUUUGGUUUCAAAAUUGGUCACGUAGCUUUUUGUUUUCUGAACACCUUUUUCCAAUCAACUUUCAAAAAAUUUUGGAAUUGUUUGGCACAAUGUUUUCCCAAAUAUGUUUAGUGUUUUCUGCUUAUUCAUAAUAAGUGUCAAUCUCGACUUGUGCCAAACCAUAACUGCUCAUUUUGAAAUAGUCCAAUGAAUAAUUUAUUUCAACCUUGCUCUUUGGGAGUUCGACAUUAAGCAAAGAAUCUACACUGAUAAUAGUAAUAGUGAUAUAUAUGUAUGUAUGGAUAAGAAAGAUGAUUCGUCGUGAAUCAUGGCAAAAUUCAUAAUUAUUCUUCAAGUUCCUCUGGUUGUACAGCGUCUGUGUCGCUUAAUCGCGCAGUCUUGUCCCCCGUCAUAAGUUUCUUGUUCAAUGAGAGGGGAGGUGUACAAAUUGGGUCGGGGGGCAUUUCCUAUGAAAUAUCUUGACAAAUAGGGACAAUCAGUUAAUCGAUCUAUCGACCGAUGUAUCAAUAAGAAUCGAACAUGGGAGUGUUAAAAAAGUUCAAUGAUUUUGACUUCAUUCUGGCUACAAAUAGACACUCUUAGGGAUUGUUUAGUUUCUCUAUUAUAACUUUGUGAGGUAUAUGGGCUCUCAUACGCUCUUUUGACAUUAUUGUAGUGUAACUAUUUAAUAUUUAGAUCUGAAACACAUGGAUCACUACCAUACUGCCAAGCACUAUAAAGUUUCAUUUUGGUUUCUCUCACCACGAAAAGACAUCGGCAAACGGCCCUCUUCUU